GCCUGUCUCUUUUGCCCAACGUGUCCGCCUCUUCUUUCCCCAAACAACCAAAGCCCACGUGUUCUCACCUCCUCACCGGGCGGGGACGGGAUCCCCGAGCGGCGGCGAAGACCACCUGACGAAACAGACGACGGCCCCGUCGACGAGACAUCCUCCUCAUCUUUAUCCUCCUUGAAAACCCUCCCCCAAACCAGCAAACCUAUCCACCCAUGGCGGCGCUCGUCGCUGGCGGCAACGCCACCGCCACCGCCUCCCUCCUCCCGGCCACCACCACCAACUGCAAGAACCGCUCCGCCGCCUCCUCCCACAAAACCCCAGCUUUCGCAACGAAUCAUAUCGCUUCGUCUCUGUCCUUGAGAGGAAAGGCGAGGUCUUCUUCUUCUUCUGCUUCUGCUUCUUCUUCGAAUUGGGCCAAGGAUAGCUGGAAAUCGAAGAGGGCGCUCCAAAUCCCGACCUACCCAAACCAGGAGGAGCUGGAGACGGUGCUUCGGAACCUGGAGACGUACCCCCCUCUGGUGUUUGCAGGGGAGGCGCGGAAGCUGGAGGAGAGGCUAGCGGAGGCCGCCGUUGGGCGGGCAUUCCUGCUCCAGGGUGGGGACUGCGCCGAGAGCUUCAAGGAGUUCAACGCCAACAACAUCAGGGACACACUUAGGGUUUUGUUGCAGAUGGGCGUCGUCUUGACAUUCGGAGGGCAGAUGCCUAUCAUCAAGGUUGGGAGGAUGGCUGGCCAGUUUGCUAAACCCAGAUCUGAUUCAUUUGAAACCAGAGAUGGUGUGAGGCUUCCUAGUUAUCAGGGAGACAACAUCAAUAGUGAUGUCUUUGAUGAGAAAGCUCGAGAGCCUGAUCCAAAAAGGUUGCUUCAAGCAUAUAGCCAGUCUGCAGGCACCCUGAAUCUUCUGAGAGCAUUUGCUACUGGUGGUUAUGCAUCCAUCCAGAGAGUCACACAAUGGAAACUUGAUUUUGUAGAGCACAGCGAACAAGGAGACAGGUAUAUGGAGCUUGCACAGAGGGUUGAUGAAGCUAUUGGAUUUAUGGUGGCUGCCGGUCUGACUGCCGACCAUCCCAUAAUGACAACGACUGAAUUUUGGACAUCGCAUGAAUGCCUUCACUUACCAUACGAGCAGGCAUUGACCAGGGAGGAUUCAACAUCCGGACAAUAUUAUGAUUGUUCAGCCCACAUGCUUUGGGUUGGUGAGAGGACCCGACAGCUGGAUGGUGCCCAUGUUGAAUUUCUCCGUGGAGUUGCCAAUCCUUUGGGCAUAAAGGUGAGUGACAAAAUGGAUCCGUCAGAGCUUGUGAAAUUGUGUGAGAUUUUAAAUCCUCAUAACAAGCCAGGAAGGCUGACCAUAAUCACAAGAAUGGGUGCUGAGAACAUGCGCGUGAAGCUUUUUCAGCUGAUUAGAGCUGUGCGCCAAGCUGGACUGAUAGUUACUUGGGUGAGCGACCCGAUGCAUGGAAACACCAUGAAGGCUCCGUGUGGCUUGAAAACACGUGCAUUUGAUGCGAUCAGAUCCGAACUAAGGGCCUUCUUCGAUGUUCAUGAACAAGAGGGAAGCCACCCAGGAGGGGUUCACUUGGAAAUGACAGGGCAGAAUGUUACAGAGUGCAUUGGUGGAUCCAAGGUGGUGACCUUUGAUGACUUGAGCUCUCGAUACCACACGCACUGUGAUCCCAGGCUCAACGCUUCGCAGUCUCUAGAGUUGGCUUUUGCCAUUGCCGAAAGGCUGAGGAAAAGAAGGAUUAGGUCAUGGAGUAAGUGGGUUUUCAAUGAACAACCCCAAUCUGCUGUUAUGUAGAAAAGCAAGCACAGCCUGCCAUGUUGUUUAGUUCCUUUUUUCGCUGCAUCUCGGUUUGAAGACCAAACAGUUAGAGCCAGUCUGUUCGUGCUACAUAUCGCAUCUUUCUUCUGGUAAAAGACUUCUCUGUCGAAAUCUGAGGGACAGAUUUGAUUUCUGUGUUUGCUCGAGUUGCCAGUUUUUGGGUGUAGAAGCUGUAAAAUAGAGCAAGUUGUUCUGUUGCUCUGACAUUGCUAGCAUUUGGUUUGGUCUGAUUACGAUAGGACCUGCACUGAUCUCACAAAUGCUGUGCAAUUCUAUUUAUAAAAUCCAACGGUAGGGCUGUACAGUCGUGGAACAAUGCCUGUAUUGAGGCUUUUGAGCCUACUGUAGUAUUGAAGUAGGAUGUUGUCUGCA